AUGCCAUUUUUCACAUUCGAUGCUUUACUAAAUGAAUUACAUUUAAAUCUAUUGACUUAUUUGACAAUAACUGAUUCAACAUUAGCAUUUUUUAAUUUAAAUUCAAGGUUUAAUUCAUUGAUUCAUCAAUCGUUUCGAUAUAAAACAUUUGACUUUACAAAUGUAACACAACAGGCAUUUGAUGAGAUGCUGAAAUUUGCACAUACUGAAUUUUUACAUAAAAUUUAUUCAUUGAAAUUAUCAGAUUUACCAACUGUUGGUGCAAUUGAUCAUUUCAUUUCACACUUUAAUAUUCGACAUUUAUCUAAUCUUCAAUCGCUCUUUCUGCAUGAACCAGUAGCUUUACAAGUUAAACAAUUUUAA